AUGCAAUUGGUUGCUGCUUCCGUGUUGGCUCUGGCAUCGGGAGUUUUCGCGCAAAAUGUCGUCCAGUUCAAUGUCUCGAGAGGCGUGCCAGGAGUGCACUUGGGUUCCAUACCCGUGCUGGGCAAAAGGGCCGCCACCCAUUCGGAACGGCUGAUCAACUUCAUGGCAGGCGGAGGGUACUAUGCGCGCGUCAGUCUUGGGACACCACCGCAGGUCAUUACCAUGCUGCUGGACACGGGCAGCAGCGACGCUUGGGUCCUGAGCCACAAAGCCGACCUCUGCAUUGAUGACGAUCUCCAACAAGAGACUCAGUUAAUAUGCGUCGACACGUUCAACCCCAGCAAAUCCUCCACCCACAAGGUGAUCGACCCCCGAGGCUUUCAAAUCAAGUAUCUUGACGGUGGCAUAGCCUCCGGGGGCUGGAUGCAAGACGAUUUUACCAUUGGUGGCACGACGAUCAAAUCCCUCCAGCUAGCCUAUGUGACCAAAGCCAAACGCAACACAGGAAUCCUUGGGUUAGGUUUCGCCGCCAGCGAGAAAGCUGCAACCAAAUACCCCAACAUCAUCGACCAGCUCGCCAACCAGAACCUCAUCUCGUCCAAGGCCUUCUCCCUCUACCUCAACGAUCGCCGCACCGACGCGGGCUCCAUCCUCUUUGGCGGUAUCGAUACGGACAAGUUCAUCGGCCCCCUCCAAAUCAUCCCCUUGCUGGCCACAAACGGGACGUACACCUCCUUCGAGAUCGACUUCUCCUCGUUAGCAGUCACCCUGCCCAACUCCACCACUCUCGACAUGAAAACCUCCAUGCUCGCCCACGCCGCCCCAGCAGUCCUCGACUCGGGCACCACACUCUCAUACCUCCCGGACGACAUGGUCGAUAUCCUCAUCGGAAACCUGGACACGUUUUUCGACCCAGAACUAGACAUGCUCCUCAUCAACUGCGCCUACCUCACCUCUUCCUCCCCUUCCCUCUCCUUCCAAUUCUACUUUCUCAACUCCACAGCCUCAAUCCGCGUCCCGGUGUGGGAAAUGGUCCUCGACGUCUUGUCGCCAUCUUACGUCCCCCCAGAUGACGCCCCCUUCAAAAACGCCUGCCUAUUCGGUAUCCAAUCCACCGAAAUCUUUGAGACGACCGGCACGGUCAAGCAACCUAACUUCACCCUCCUGGGCGACACUUUCCUCCGAUCAGCAUACGUGGUUUUUGACCUGGGGAAUUACGAAGUGGGCAUGGGGCAGGCGAACUUGAAUUCGAGCAGCUCGAGGAUCAUUGAGCUGAAGGAAGGGGAAGGCAAGAAUGCCACGGAGACGGAGACUGCGACGAAAACAAAGGGGUUGCCCGAGGUGACGGGGGUGUUGGCGCAGCAGACUACUUUUACACCUACUACGGGGCCGGUCAUGACGUUGGUUACUACCAAGAAUAAUGCCGCCGUCAAACUUGGGAUGACGGGAGUGGGAGAGAUGAUGGGGGUUGUGGGAAUCACGAGUUUGAUGGCGGUUUUGGGGGGAGUGUUUAUGGCGCUUUGA